AUGGCGACGAGUGUGGCUGCUGAAGGUCAGUUUGGGGAGAGUCGCCAGAAACCAGUCCGGGAGGAGGAUCUGGAUGAUUAAUGUCCGCAUAGGUGAUGUCUCGGUCUUGAUGGAUCUCUCUCGAUGAAUCAGUUGUUUUCUCAGCCUUACAGUAGAACUUUCUUAAAUUUUUAUUAUAACUUCGUCUUUAUCAGGUAGAAUGGAAUCAGCGUAGUUUGGUCCUAACCUUUCCUUUGUUUAUUCAUUAGUCGUCAUCUUAUCACUGACUUUAGUUUAGUAUCUUGUUACAAGAUUGGACCCUGCGACUGUACGAAUUCUUUGUUUUCCUGCUGAUUUUGCAUAAACAAUCAGAUUGGAGACAUUUCUCCUCUCCCUCAAAGUGUCGGAUCACUGUCUUUUAAAGAUUUAUUUAUUUUCUUCACGUUUUUUUUAUGUUUUUCUUUUUUCAGAAGGAACAUCCUUUAUUCCUAGGCCUGUUGUUCAGACCGAUGGAUUAAUUGGAUUGAUACGGAAAGAGUUCUCCAUGUCCCGAGUGAUCCUUUUGUUCGCAGUGAUUGGUUUCGUCUCCGUUUAUGCAAAUGAGACGAUAAGAAAGGUGAGAGAGCACGAUGACCGUCUUCUCACCGAACCCAACAGUCUUGAUCUGAUUAUCCAUGAGACCAAAACAAUCACAUUUACCUUAAAGUAAGCGGUUACUUUCACAAUUUCUAAAAAUGUAACAUUUGAGCGUUACGGUAGCCUUUUUACUUUCAGUUACAACUUAAAUCCAAACGAUUCACUUCACGUUGUACUUAAUACUCAGCCUUACUUUUCAUUAUCUGACGAAUCGCUCGACCUAUCUUCACAGAAUGACGUAGUGCAGGUGAACGUUACUGGGUUGUCUGUUACCAGUAGGACUUACGUUGACAUUGCCAGCUGCAAAACAAAAGAUGGAUCGCAGUGUCCCUUGGAGUAUGUCGAUCGUUGUCUUAUAUUACUAAUAAUGGUCAUUAAUCAAAAUGAUUUUUCAGAGGCAAAAAGGUAUUUGUCAUGGUCAGGGUCAUGUACAGUUACGUCCUCAACUUCAUGGUCCAAGCCACUGGCUGGGUGUAUUUCGUCGCCUGGAGCAUUUCCUUCUACCCACAGAUCUGGUUGAAUUUCUCACGGAAGAGCGUCGAAGGAUUAAAUUUUGAUUUUCUGGUUUUGAACAUAAUCGGCUUUACCUGUUACACUAUCUACAAUGUGUUGUUAUUCUUUGAUCCCGAAGUGCAAGAUUUAUAUAUCAUUGAGAACCCUCGAGGCGGGAUUCCAGUGUUGCCGAACGACGUUGUGUUCGCUAUCCACGCUUUGGUCGCAUGUCUGAUUACUGGAUUCCAAUGUUUCAUUUAUGAGGUAAGGUUCCGUUUAUAAGAUUAUGUUAACGAUGACAAAAGUGUUGGGCAAAGAUAGAGUUCUGAUCGCUGAGGCCAGCUGUAUUUAAAAUGAGCUGCGUCAUGACUCAGAGAAUACGAAGAAAACGGAACUUGCUUUUCCAAUCCGGUUUACCUGCACUUUGUUUAUUCGAGGGCCGAGCAAAGAACAAAAUAUUUAAUGAGUAGGACGUUACCCAUGUAGUUUAUGCAGAAAUGGAGGCUCGGAUUUAAACUCUACAGAAAAGAAACGGGUGGGAAUAAUUUUAAAUUACGGAACACCUGCCUCAUACCCAAGGUAACCAAAGGUGUAACUGAAAAAAAAAAACUUCUAGGACUUUGCACUCAUAUCUAAUACAUACCUUACCGUAUCUUCAGAGAGGAGGUCAAAGAAUCUCGCACAUCUGCUGGGGAUGGGGUUCACUGUUGGUGUUAACGGCCGUAGGGUGUCUGGUGGCCACCUUCUUCAAUGCCCUCAAUUGGCUUCAAUUCAUCACUGGAUUAUCUUACAUCAAGCUGGCUGUUACUUGCAGUAAAUACAUCCCCCAGGCGAUCCUCAACUUCCGUCGGAAGAGCACUGUAGGCUGGUCGAUUGGGAAUAUCUUGCUCGAUUUUACCGGAGGGUCAAUGGAUAUCAUGCAGAUGAUUCUGUCAGCAUUAAAUACUGGUAAGAAGGGUGGUUUAUUGUCUUACGUGGAAUGUUUGUCACGUUUAAUUUAAUAUUUUAGAAGACUGGAGUCCAUUUACUGGGAACGCGGUCAAGUUUGGCCUUGGCCUUGUGUCCAUGAUCUUCGACGUAUUGUUCAUAGUCCAACAUUACUGUUUAUAUAGACAUUCGGAAGUAAGUUACAAGACUAGGACAAUAGUUUACAUCUCUUCAUUUCAGGGCUUUGAUCUCAAGACGAGUAAGACAAGCAGUGAAAAGAGCACAGUAGAAGUUAUAGCUUAA